UCCAAGGUGACAACAGUGGAGGAGGGAGGAGGAGGUGGUUUUGGUGACGUGGCGGCGGUGGUGGUGGUGGUGGUGUUGGUUUCGGCUCCGGCCACCGCAUUGAAACGCAAGGAGAAAAUACGGAGGGUGGAGUGAGAGGAGGGCGUGUUUGAUUAGGGUUUUUUUUUUGGUUUCGUCAGGGUUUUUUUUUUGGUGGGUUUCCGUGAUGCUCUCCUCCGCCCUCCAGAUCCUGGCAUUCGCCCUGGCGCUGCUGGGCUUGUUUGGGGCAACGGUGGCCACCCUGUUGCCCAACUGGAAGGUCAGCGCCGACCAGGGCCCCAACAUCAUCACGGCCAUCACCCAGAUGCAGGGCCUGUGGAUGGACUGCACCUGGUGGAGCACGGGCGUCUUCAGCUGCACGCUCAAGUACUCGGUGCUGGCGCUGCCCGCCCACGUCCAGACGGCGCGCACCACCAUGGUGCUCUCCUGCAUGAUGUCCACGCUGGGCCUGUGCCUGGCCGCGCUGGGCCUCAAGUGCACGCGCUGGGGCGGCAGCCACCGGGCCAAGGGCCACACGGCCAUCGCGGCGGGCGGCUGCUUCGUGGCGGCCGGCGUGCUGUGCCUGGUGCCCGCCUCCUGGUUCACCAACGUGGUCAUCACCACCUUCCUGGACGCCCGCGUGCCCGAGAGCAGCAAGUACGAGCCGGGGGGAGCCGUCUACGUGGCGUUUGUGUCGGCCGGCUUUUUCCUGGCGGCGGGGGUGCUCUUCUGCCUGUCCUGCCCCGGGAAGAGGGAGCUGGGCGAGCUGGAGCUAGGCACCUCCUACCCGCUGCGUCCAUCCAAGGCCACCCAGCCCAAGCAGCAGCAGCAGCAGCAGCAGCCGCAGCUGCAGCACCCGAGGCUGUCCAGGCAGGCGAGACAGAGCCAGACGGACCCGGAGCAGGUGACCCGCGAACAGCAGACGCAGCCGCCGACGCCCGUCGAGCAAUCGUCAAGUGUGCCUCCGCCGCCCCCUCUGCCCGCGCCCAGCAGCCGGGACAAGGCAGACAAGCUGGCCGACAACCAGCACCACGCAGACGAGCCGUCCCCGGCACUGACGCUGCCGCGGACACCGCUGAAGCUGCACACUCCGUCGCACUCGUACGCAACCGCACCGACACCAUCACCCCAGGUGAUAGACAAGAUGUACGAAGCGGACCGGCACUCCUUGCAGGAGAGGGAGCUCCGGCGCUCCUAUCCGGAGAGGGAGUCACGGCACUCCUUGCAGGAGCGGGAGCUGCCAUACUACUCCCCAUCCCGCUCGCGACCUCCUCCACCACCGGACGUCAAGACCCUGUACAGCCUCAACGACUACGUCUAGCUGCCUCUCUGCUGCAGGGACAGCACCUCCUCCGAAAAAAGGGAAGAGCGACAUCAACGGAAAGGAAAGGAAACUAAAAAGCAUUUGGUUCAUGGCUUGUCCUCUUUGUACGAAAGGCAGACAUAAAUGGUAGAGGUAGAGAGAGAAACUGAGGCAAUAGGGGGUAAGUGGAGGAGGAGAAGUGGAUAAAAAGGGAGGGAGGGAAGGGAGGAGGAGAAGGGAGGAGGAAGGAGGAGGAGGAGGGUAAUGACUUUGACGACGUUAUCUUCCUCACUCAUCUGUUCCUUCUGCACAGCAAGCAGUGAGGGAUGGAGGUGUUGCCAUUAUCUUCAAGCCCACAGGCUGGGGAUCCCGCAAGCCCUCGGUGUUGUGUUGGGAGGCGAGCGCUGCAGCUGUGAGCUUGCUUGCUUGGACAAAGGGGGACAGAUCAGGUAGUAGAAGCGACGAAACACCCGACGACAAAAAAAAGCAAAAAAAUGCACAAGUACAGCUUGAAUGACACGUCGUGAAAUCAAAAUGGGGGAGAAAAAAUUGACGUAGCGGCACGGCUGACAUGGAACAGUUUUUACCUCACCAAAGCUUCCGGCAUAAGCUAAAACGCAACGAGGAAUACGAAAAGAAAAAGCGCACACAUUUCCUUAUCUUCAUUGCUUUGAAUAGAAGGGGUGACGACCAUUUCAAUAGCAUAUGCAAUUAUAGCUUUCCCCCCCGCAAUGACUUGAUUACAGUUAUCUCUGUCUGCUUGGCUCAAACGCAGCUCGUAGGAUGAUUACAAUUCAACUAGCGCAUGCUGUCUGUCCGCUACUUGCCAAUGCCUCGUUGAUAAAUAAGACACAUUUUUACAGCUACAACGCAAAAAAGGCUUAUCGCUUUCUAGAAUGUUGCUACAAACAGCUGCUGUUAGAGUUUAGAACUAAAAUUUAAAGGAGGGAUGUAUAGAUUUUCUCAAGAGGAUAUAUUGGUGUGUGUAAUGUGUGCUGAUUGUCUCAUAGAAAAUGCUUUCUGUGUGUGUGUGUCUUUGGUCU